UAAUUUCUUAAUAAAAAUCGGUAGUUUUCUUGCGAUUUAUACAAGUGUGAAUUACUCGAGAUAAAGUUUAUUUAGAUUUUGCCAGUAUAAAUAUUGCGGCAGGCACCAUUCGAAAUCAUUACGAAUUGACUCAAUUUUCAAUAAGUAAAUUUAAAAAUGAACGCUUUCGUAUUUGUAGCCAUUUUAGCUACAGCUUCGGCUCUUCCCCUCGAAGUUUUCGAGGAUGAAACAGGCCAAGAAUUCGCUAUAGUUCCUCUACAAAGACAACGAAGAGAGGUUACAUGGGGAGCCAACCAAGGGGGUUACAGUUUGGGCCAGAAGGGAACUCUGUACAACAACGGAAUCCACAGUUUGGACGGAUCUAUUAGCGGAUCAAAGGCGUGGGGAUCACAUGGACUUAAACCCGACUCGUACAAUGGCCGUUUGGACUACGGGCACAAACCCAGCGGAUCAGGAGCCUUCAUCAGCGCCGAUAGAACCCCAGGUUGGGGCACUGAUGUCAAUGCAGGAGCUAAAUACAAUAUCGCUGGAGGGAAAAACUGGAAUGCUGAUGUUACUGGACAGUAUGGAAGGCAUUUCGGCGGUCCAGGUGGUACCGGAAAACCACAAGCAGGAGUUAUGUUGAACGUUGGAGGAAAAUUCUAAUUUUCAAAGCUAUAAUUUAACAAUAUUUAAUAAUUUAAAAUGUACUUAAUUACACUAUAAUUAUAAUAAAGUUAUUGAGCACCAA